AUGGCCACCAACGACUCAACGCAACCCACCCAACCUGCUACUCAGCAGGUACUUGAUCCCCGACGAUUAGGCCGUAACCACUCUGGACUUAACGAGAAAGAUGUAGCAGACGUGCUCGCCGUCUUGCAUCCAGCAUCGCCAGGUGCCAUCAAAAUUGUAGAGGAUAUGGCAGCGACAAGGCGACAGCACGUCCUAUUUCGCAAUCCAUACGACGACUCGUUCGGCGAAUAUUCAGACAUUGAAGAGCAGGAAACCAUUAUCAUAAGCCCACCAUUCGAGGAACCAACAAGAAACUCCGGAAUUGGUGCUGACCUAGCUUUGCGCAUGUCCUCCCCUUUGAAAGAGCCUAGCCUCGGAUUCGUUUUUGGGCGUAACGAGAGAUCCUCAGACAUAGUUUUUGGUUCGGAUUCUGGGAAACGUAUCAGUAACCAGCAUUUCCGCAUAUACCUAAACGAGAACACCAUCCUCAUGCUAGAAGACAUGUCAACCAAUGGAACACUUGUCGAUGAGAAUUUGUUAAGAGGUCGCGAAUCAGGGCGAUUUGCCAAGUCACGGAUGCUCAAUUCUGGCUCCAUCAUAUGCAUCCAGAACGCCAAUGAAAAUGAGGUCAUAAAGUUCAUCGUUCGCAUUCCAUCGCGUACAUCCCAUCAACACCACUACCACGAGAACGUUCGUGCAUUUCUAACAAAGUGUGUAAGAGGACCCGAGCAGCUCAAAGCAGCCCUUCAACGCCUGGGGAAAGAUCGUAGCGGACCGCCGAUGCAUUGGGAUGGUGGAGUAAAGUACAACAUCAUAGGUCUUCUUGGAAAGGGUGCAUUUGCGACGGUUCAUCAACUUGCCACUAAGAUUGACGGUAGUUUGCUCGCGGCAAAGGAACUUGAAAAGAGACGUUUCAUGAAGAAUGGCCAGCUUGACAAAAAGAUCGACAACGAGAUGAAAAUCAUGGAGGAAUUGCGACACCCCAACGUUGUCCAGUUUGUCGAGUACUAUGACCAGGGCGACUUUCUUUACAUUAUCAUGGAGUUUGUUCGGCACGGUGAUCUGCAAGGAUAUCUCAAUCAACGGGGCCGCAUGCCAGAGUCACUGGUCCGGACGAUGGCCCAACAAAUCCUGAGUGCCCUCGCCUAUCUCCAUCGAAGGAAGAUAACGCACCGCGACAUCAAGCCAGAUAAUAUACUCAUUGCAAGUUUCGAGCCUUUCAGUGUCAAGCUGUCUGAUUUUGGGCUGUCUAAGGUUGUCAAACAUGACGAAACGUUCCUAAAGACUUUCUGCGGCACACUUCUAUAUUGCGCACCCGAGGUUUUUCCCGAUUUCGAUGGAAGGGCAACUCAGGGAACAAAACGACGCCGUGGAGCAAAGCAGCAAUUUCAUUCGUACAGCUCGUCUGUGGACAUUUGGUCAUUUGCUGCUGUUCUUUGGUAUGCGUUGUGUGGCAAACCGCCUUUCGAAGGCAUCGCCGACGCUACGGGUCGAGCGAUGUACAACAAUAUCAUGACCACAUGCCUAGAUACGACUCCCUUGCGAGAAGCCAACGUAUCCGAUCUAUGCAUUAACCUUCUUUGCCGCAUGCUGCAGACCGAUCCAGCCCUUCGCCCGACAGAUCGAGAGUGUCUUAAUCAUCCUUGGCUAAGAGAGGGUGUCGCAGUAGCAGUACUUGAAGAUCCGACCCUUCAAAGCAUUCUGGAGGAGGAUGAAUCAGAGAACGUGGAGGAACAGCUCUCCCAACUCAAUUUUUGUGAGGAUCUUCUGCAGUCUGACGAUUACGGCUGUGAUGUUCUUGAAGAUGCCGAGUUCGAGCAACUCGUGAGCGACCGGCAAUCUAAGAAGAUACGUGUAGAUCCACUGGUGCCGCGGAACCAGAUGCGCGAUAAAAACCACGGCGCUAGCUCGAACCCUUCAUUUCAAUCAGAACACCUCGAUGAUGACAAAGAUGCUGCUGAGAGCUUCAGGAUCGAGAUGAAGCCUUUGGACAAGCAACGACUCUUCGGGGAGAUUGGACAGUCUGCACUCCAGAGCUCAGGAAUCCUCAGUGCUCAUGCAAAUGAUGCUCUUUCACAUGAUGACACCAGUAGCGAGGUUUUGCCCGAUACCAUCCUUCCCGACCAAGUAGCGAUUACUAGCAACCGUGGGCUACAGGAACAGGUAGACACUUCGGGUCACAAGUACCUCCCCCAAUCCAACACAACGUUCUCGUCACCAAGUCUGCUUGGCGCGGAAUCAAUGGUUCGCGAUUUGAAUAUGAUCUCGGCUCAGUCCCCACCAUCUGGCGCUCACAGCCCUGAUAGUCCCGCAACCCCAAGGACACCAGCGGCUUCCCAGCAUAAUGCUCCUAGCACAGAUGUUUCGCAGCAUAGCCAGGUCAGCGAAGCGACACCUAGAGCCAAGCCUCCCCAACUGGACAGACAAAUCAGCUUACCGAAGACGGCCUCGUUCUACUAUGACCCUUACGACCCUAGUACCCACAAUCUCGAGUAUGCAAGCAAAGUCAGCGGAUUUGAUUUUGUUGGAGCCGCAGCAGCCAAGGUUGCCGAGACAAAGCUGCCUGAUACGAUGAGAUAUUCUACCGAUGCUGGCAAUUGCAGCGGUGGUGAUGUUUAUCAUAAUGACCAUCAAGAUUCAAGUGUCAUUCCAGGACUACCAUUAGAUCUCGAUAUCAAACCCCCUCCCCGCCGGUUGGGAAAGCUCGUUGCUACUGCUGACUCGUUUGUCCCGGGUCUUACCCUUAAUAUUGAACGAAGCCUGACGUCGUGGGGUCGACUUCCAGCAAACACGAUAGUAUACGAAAAUCCACAAGAUACCCGUGUUCCCAAAACAGCUUUCGGGAUUUUCUGGUACUCAACUGAUGUGGGUAGUCCCAGUGUCGAUACGCUCUCCCAGCAGGGCAAAGAUUGGACAACCUUGAACAGUCUAUAUGUGGGUAUUUCAACUGGUGCCACGUCUGGCAUCAGUAUCAAUGGGAAACAUCUCCGAAAGGUGGACGACAAGGGCCGUCCGUUAUUUGGACACUUGCACAAUGGGGAUAUCAUCCAAGUGUUUCAGGAUGCUCGCGGAGUCGAAUGCCUGAAAUUCAGAUGCGAGAUCUACCACGGCAUCGGGAAAGAUCCACGCGCUCCGGGCGAGUCGUUUGAUAUUUUCACAAAGAAGAGAGAUCAUCUCUAA